GUCCUCUCUACCUCCAACUUAAGAGUCCAAACCCACACCAAACGAAGUUGAUGCCAACGGUAAAGUUUUCUCAAUCGACGACAUCGAUCUACGAAAUGGCUAUUUCCGCUCGCCGUACUUUUGGGGCUCAAUGUUUUCCAUCGGAAUGAGUGUGAUGUGCGGCGUUGCUGGAUUAUCAUUCAUUGUUCCGAUUCUAAGCUUUAUGGAUGAGGAAAUUGGACCUAGUCUUGAUUUGACAUGGGCUGAUUUGACAUAUACAUCAACAGGCUGUAGGAUUGAUGAUUGUUGGAAGGCUGACUGAUAUCUUCGGCCAUUGAUAGUUCUUCAUUUUCAGCUUCU